GCCCGAACCCCUGCCCUGACCGGUCGGCGUUCCGUCCUCGCCCAGCGGGGUCAGACUGGUGGCGUGUCCUCCCCACCCGAGCCCGCCCGGCGCUGCACCGGCGUCCCGGAGAGGAAGAUGGCGGCCGCCGUGCUGGGCGCGCUGGGCGCUGCGUGGAUGCGGAACCUGAGGAGCCGAGCGACUCCGGCCUCGGGGCUUCUGUCGCCUCUCAGUGCCGGGCUGCAGUCGGAUAUCCACACAAGUGCUUCUCUCGACAUUUCCCGAAGAUGGGAGAAGAAGAAUAAAAUUGUCUAUCCUCCGCAACUUCCUGGAGAGCCUCGCAGACCGGCAGAAAUCUACCACUGUCGAAGACAAAUUAAAUACAGCAAAGACAAGAUGUGGUAUCUGGCAAAAUUGAUACGAGGAAUGUCUAUUGACCAGGCUCUGGCCCAGUUGGAAUUCAGUGAUAAAAAGGGCGCUCAAAUAAUUAAAGAGGUUCUCCUAGAAGCACAGGACAUGGCGGUGAGAGAGCACAACGUGGAAUACAGAUCCAAUUUAUACGUCGCUGCGUCCACCUCAGGGAGAGGCCAGUGCCUGAAACGAAUCCGCUACCACGGCAGAGGGCGCUGCGGCAUCAUGGAGAAGGUGUACUGCCAUUACUUUGUGAAGCUGGUGGAGGGGCCCCCGCCCCCUCCCGAGGCGCCCAAGACCGCCCUCUCCCACGCCCAGGAGUACAUCCAGCAGCUUCGAAACCGCACCAUCAUCCACACCCUGUGACACGCUCAGACGCGCACCGGAUAUACUUGUAAAAAUAAAAGUUAAAGAGAAACACUUUC